GGCAUUAUAACCAGAAAAUGAGAAGUGGGAGGGAGUAUUCUACUUUCGUCGUCGCUGUUUGUUUAUCCUUCGUCCAUCUUGCUAACGAGAAAAUAAUAUUGGGACUUAGAGGUAGAUAGAACAAUAUAAAAGUGCAAAGUGAUCGAGUUGCUUCGAAAAGGCAACUUGAUUAGACAGAACUUACUGUAGCCAAGAAGCUACCUAACGACGUUAGCCAGCUAGCUAAUCUUGGUGAAAAGGGAUGCCGCUGCAAACCAAAUCAGACGGAUUCGGACAACCUUUGUACUUAAUGUCGUCUCAUUUAAUCGGCAGAAGCAGUUUUUCGAUAAAAGCUUUGACAAUAAAUCAAUGUCAAACUAGCAUCGUUUUAAGUUGCUGAAGACUAGCUAGGAAGAUACAUUAGCCAUUCAUACAAAUGAGCUAACUUCAAUGCUAACUAACAACAACAUAUUUUGUACAUCACAAUCUCCAAAGAGACCUCAUCAUUGCAGUUGGUGAAAACGUUAUUUCUGUUCUACAAAGACUUUCGGCAUUACCUUUGGCAGCGAUGAAAUUGCUAGAAAAUAGCAGUUUUGAAGCUCUCAGCUCUCAACUCUGUGUUGAAACGGGAGAGUCUCACAUCAUUGGCAGGAUCGAGAGUUACUCCUGUAAGAUGGCUGGUGAUGACAAGCACAUGUUUAAGCAGUUCUGCCAGGAGGGGGAGCCACAUGUCCUAGAGGCCCUUUCACCUCCCCAGUCCAGUGCCACCAGCCCACCCCAACUGGGUAAGAGCAGCGAAGACGGUGAGAACCCACUGAGUGACAAGUGCUGCAGGAAGACCUUGUUCUACCUCAUCACUACGCUUAAUGAGUCAUUCAGGCCCGACUAUGACUUCAGCGCUGCCCGGGCCCACGAGUUCAGCCGGGAGCCCAGCCUGAACUGGGUGGCGAAUGCAGUAAACAGCAGCCUGUACUCCUCAGUUGGAGCCGAGUUCAACUCCCUGGGGCCGGAGUUGUGGAACUCCAUCGACCAAGAAAUUACCCUACAGGAAUGUGACAUUUACAGCUACAACCCUGACCUGGACUCAGAUCCCUUUGGAGAAGAGGGCAGCCUUUGGUCCUUCAACUACUUCUUCUACAACAAGAAAUUGAAAAGGAUUGUAUUUUUCACCUGUCGCUCUGUCAGUGUCCUGAGUGGGUGUGGCCGCGGUUGUCUGGACAACGAGUUGGACAUGGAGCUGGAUGAUGACGAGGAGACUGAUGGAUUCACAGAGGACAGGUUACCCCGAGCCCUUUGUGUGUAACACGUUCCUUGUGGAAGUCAUGGCAAGGCCCAAGCUUUAGACCCCCUCUCCCUCCAAAUCCAUUGUUUUCUUUGAGCAUCUCUGUCUUGAUAUUCUGUGCAGCCUGACCCAGGAAGCAGUCCUCCCCUUGACAAGUUCCUGUUUCACAACUGUCACGUCAGCUGGUUCAGACCCUUUACCUUGUAGGACAUUGAAUGCCCAGGGUUCCUGGAUUCUAGGUUGUCUGGUACAUGAAUGGACCCGCCGUCUUGUCAUUUGAUUGGAGGACUUCUCGCUGAACUCCAAGUCCUUUCGAAGCACAUUCUCUUCACCUUAUACCAAGCCUGCUUGGAUGCUGCACUCUUUGAGAAACCUAUUUCAUUUGUCUUGGAGAUUGUCAGGUAAGGAUAUGGACAGCUAAUCCUGACAAAGCACACUGUUGUUAUAUUGUAGACCCCCCAACCCCCACCAUAUUGCUUCAAAGAAAUGUGGGUGGAGAUAAAAGUCCACAAUCAGACACACCAGCAAAGGUGGGAGCAAUGGAGGGGAAGGGCUACAUGAACCCCCCCUCCAAUCCCAGACUGCUAGAAGGUGGGGCAUGGAAAAAGAUUGACAGUUUGUCAUCUCAUUUCCUUUCAUGAUUUGGCUUCCAUCAUUGUGCAGCUUUUACGUUUGACAGCGGUGUUACUGUGAGAACCCGAACAAUUUUAUAGCUCAGAGUUUUGAAAAACAUUGCUGCUUUUGUUAUGGAGUCCUUAUGUUCAAUCUUAUUACUGUGUCUGACUUCUGUGUAGACUGGAGAUGAUACUGCCAAGCAAUAUGACAUCAGACCUGCAGCUUAUACAACAUAUCUCAUUUUAAUUAGACCCCGUUCUGUCAACGAGUAACCAUCAGUGUGUGAUUUUUCUUUCAGUUUCCCCUUAUUGAGUUGAUGCCGAUCUAACGUAAAGCUUGUGUGCAUUUUCUACUGCUGCAAUCAUCCUUGUCUCUAAUGCCAAUAAUUGCAACAGCUUUGGUUUGAAGUACAAGUGAAUGUACUGAACAAAGGCCACACAGUCAUUAGAUAUUUUAGUAAUGGUAAUUAAAAUGUUUUACAGUAUUUUUUACAUAUAAAGACCCAUUUAUUUCUGUGUUCCUCGUGUAUGGGUUGUAAACUCCCUGAGGUCCUCUGUCCGGGACCUGUUUUGAUUAUGCUGUAUGUUAAUAAAGUGUUUGAAACCAA